AUGGAAUUUAAUGCCCAAAAAAGUGUGUUUGACUUGGUCAGACUAUCUUUUCCUUAAUAAACGGAAGAAAAUACUCUCAUAAAUUACAAAACAUAUUUGUAUAGGAUUUUGAAUCUCAAAACUAAAUAUUCAGAAAUGGAUGAUAUGGUACUAGAGAAGGAAAUCAAUGAGAUUGAAAAUGUAUAUGUAAAAUGCUAUUAAAAUAGAAAGUACUUUAAAGCAGAUUGAGAGAAUGCAUAACCAAAUUGAAAAAAUCAACAAUUCAAAAAAAUUAAGAAAUAAUUCACUUUGUAAUCAGAGUAAGUUAGCUGGGAAGAUAAGAGAUCUUGAAUAACAGUCAAGUAAAGCCCAUUUUCGAAAAUUCAAAUCACUUAAAGUAAUCAAUGGAAAUUGAAAAUCAAUAGACAACAAAUCAAACAAUCAAUAAAAUUGAAAACAGUUUAAUAAAAAGUGUGAUUGUAGAGAGAUAGCAAGUAAGAAAUUAUAUAAAUUUAGAAUAGUAUUGCUUAAGAAGUGAAUGACAGAGAUUUGAUGAAGGAUUUACUAUUUUGUCUUUAAGGAAUAGAGGGCUAAUACAUUUAAUAUGAUGCAUCUUCAGACUCAUUUUGUCUAAGGAAAGAUGUGAAUGUGUCAAUAUCAGUGCGACAAUUAGUGAACUUGAUUUCUGAAUGUGGAUGGCUAUUCAAGAAGAUCUCCACUUUUUGUUAAAUACAACAAUCGAAUCUGAUAGUCUAAGCACUUCAAAAUGUAAUCAAAUUGGAGUUGUCUGAAUAUUACAAAUUGAUAGCAAAUCUGGAGGGAUUAAUCCUAUCAUCUUAAUGUAAAGUAUUAUUACUAUGUAGUGAUCACUUUUAAGAGAAUACACUUCCAUCUCCAAUCCUCUUAUGAUUAUAUGUUGUUCAUUAAUCAAUUGCUCUCCAUAAUCCAAACAAGCAAUCCCCUUGGAACUACAUCCUGUUUGAUUAUAAAUGUAUUGGAGCAAUUUUCAAAACAUGGGUGUUCUUAGACAGCAGAACUAUUUAUGCGUUUAUAAUAGGCAAGUUGCUAGCCAUUAAUGAAGUACAUAAAUGAAUGGAUGUUUGAAGGCAAUCUCCUAGAUAUUGCAAAUGAAUUCUUUAUAGAAAGAGAUGAUUAAAAAGUACUAACUAAGGAUUAAGGAGAAUUGUGGAGAAAAUAAUAUAGGAUUAAUUAUGAUAAAGUCCCAGUAGUUAUUUCAUACGAUGAAGCCUAUAAGAUCUAUGACACAGGCAGGGCAAUAAAUUGGUUGAGAAAACAAUGCGAUAAUAAGAAUUGGUAUUUGGACAUAUAGCCAUUGACUAUUAAUAUGCUUUAGACCAAGGAAUUAUCAUAGUUGAUUAAUCAAGCAAACAAAAACACAAAUACGCAAUUAGUCAAUUUAUUAUUUGAUAAAUUCAAAUUGAUGGACCAUUUUAAGAUGAUUAAAUAGUAUUUCCUGUUGGGCAAUGGUAAUUUCUCUCAGUUAUUGAUUGAAACCCUGUAUACAGAGUUGUCAAAAAAUGCUCAUUUAGUGUAUAAACAUACAUUGACUGGUUUGGUAGAGUCCACACUCAGGUUGAGUAAUGCCAAUUAGAUCAUCUAAUAGAGAUUGUCAGUGAAAUUGUUGGAAGCAUAGAAAAAUGAUAUUGGCUGGGAUAUCUUCUGUUUGGAUUACGAAUUCGAAGAACCACUAAAAACAAUAUUCAAUCAUAGGACUAUGCUCAACUAUUAUAAAAUAUUCAAUUAUUUAUGGCGUAUUAAAAGAGUAGAACAUACUCUCAUCUAAUCAUGGAUGUAAUAAAUUAAAAAUAAAUAUCACUUAAAUGCAAAAUCUAAUGUAAAUAAGGCUCUCAAUUUGAGUCUGUAAAUAAUGAAUUCAAUGAUCCAUUUUAUUAAGAAUUUCUUUAGUUAUUUGAUGUUGGAUGCAAUUGAGACUCCCUGGAAAAAAUUCAUGGAUCAAAUAAACCAAAUUGAAAAUUUAGAUCAUCUCAUACAAUUGCAUGAAUAAUUGCUGAAUGAAAUUAUUGAUAGAACAUUCUUACAUCAAAAACAAGAAGAAAUUUAGAUAAUCUUACUCAAACUAUUUGAAAUAUCAUUCAGAUAUAAGUAGAACUUAGAAAAUCUAUUUCUGUACGUAAGAGAAUUGGUGGCAUAAGAUAGAAGCGAUAAGUUUGAGCAAUCAUUGGAUUCAAUAAUAUCACAUAAAACUACACCCUCAUACAACAUCAAUAUUGAUAGAUAAUUCAAAGGAUAAGAAAUUAUUAAAUUAUUAUUGUAAUUGAGAUAAAUGUAUAGAGAAUAAACCUUGGAAUUGAUUAAGCAUCUACAAAACGAGGAAAAAUUAAAGUUCUUGUUAUUCAAACUUGAUUUCAAUGAAUAUUACUACUUACUGUCAUAAGAGAAGCUAUUUUCUUUAGGAUUUGAUAAGUAAUGCUAUUAUAUUAACAUUCAAGGUUUCUAUAACAAUGUCUCCCAAUAUCAAUAAAGGAAACAGGUAGUUAGAAGGUAAUAUCUGAUUAACCUUAACCUUAAUAAUAAAAGCCAUUGUUACCGCAAUUUAGUUAAAAGUCAAUGACUUCUAUUUAACAAGAUUAUAUAUAGAUUAAAGAAGGAAGUAUAUCUAGUUAUUUAUCAAAUAGUCAGACUUUUAGAAGAAUAGAAGAAAUAGAAAGAUCAGCAAUCAAAAAUAUUGAAGCAGUCUUAAUAAAGAGAAGUAGUUUAGGAAUUACAAAAACCAAUUUCUAAACCUCCUUUACCUUUGCCAUAACCACAACAACCUAUGCUUACGAUGAGUCCAAUUAAUAAACAGUCUACUACAUCCUCUGUCUCAUCUAGUAAUAUUUUCUAGCCUCAACCUUUGUAGAGCUUCUAAUAAUAAUUUGAGCAAUAGAUUCAAUAAUAGCAAUAGAUCAAUCAAAGACUUCAAUAAUUGCAACAAUAAUAACAAUAGAUCUAACAAUUCCAAUAACUACAAUAGCAACCUCAAACAAAACAACCAGCAUUACCUAAAUUUAUUAAUUCACCAUAGCAAAUGUAUUAGGUCUAAUAAUCUUAUCAACCAAAUUUCAAUAACUCUGUACCUUUUUCCCAAAACUAAAGUUAAUCUCAGAUUAGUAUUUUGUAACCUAAUAGAAAUGAUUUAUCGUUGUCAUAAGAUGAAAAUUUACAACAAUUAAUGGAUAAACAAUUCAACGUUGAUGACGAUAGCAGUGAUGAAGAUUUAAUCUGA